AUGUCAUACCGAGGACAGUAUCUGCCACGAGGCGCUCGAGCAGCGGCAAGAGGCAAGCCACGCGGGAGAGGCAGAGGCGCAUGGCAGUCCGCGAACCGCACACUCGUCAUCAACAACGCCUCAUCGAACCCUGUAGCCAAUUCAUCAGCACCUGCAGCGCUUGCUGGCAUUGACGAUCUCGAUGGAGAGGCAAUUAAUGAGACGCCGUCGGACGACAUACAGCCAGACAAGGAUCCUGCGCCGAGUUUGCGCAGUCCGUCAGAGGAAGGAGAAAUUGCCGAGUCCGUCGAGCCAGCCCCACCAUUCCACCUCGCCCAACCCGGAUCCAUCGUCAUCAACGACGUCACCUUUGUCAAGCGUGGCAAUAAGCUCAUUCGCGCCCGCCAGCCAGGUGGGACCACGGUCCAACCAGUAGCCUCGACGUCGGCCACAGUAGGAUCCCUGACCCCCAAACGCGCUUCCAUACAGGGACAGCAAUACAUUCGCACAAAGACUGGCAAUCUCGUCAGAGCGGACGCUUACGCCGCACACGUCAAAAGUCAGGCCAAUCUCAAAGCUAAAAGAGCGCGAUUGGAUACACUGGUCGGUCAGCUCGGUCGCGUACAGCCGAGCAGAAACCGUGGAAGCACAAGGGGCAAGAGAGUGCCCCGACCCGUCAUAACAAGACAGAAGAUCAAUUCUCUCUGCCCACAGUAUACGAUACAAGGUCAAUGUACUAAAGGUCUGACGUGUCCAUACAUCCACGACCCGACGAAAGUGUCCAUCUGCACCAGAUUCCUCGCGAACAAGUGCGAACUAGGCGAAUCUUGCCUCCAUUCUCACUCGACAGACGCCCACAGGAUGCCCCACUGCACCCACUUCCCCCGCUGCAACCGCGGUCGAGACUGUCCCUUCCCGCACGUCGGUUUGCCGGCCGAUAGCCCCAUUUGCGCUCCCUUCGCCACGCUCGGGUAUUGCGAAAAAGGUCUCGCCUGUCGCGAGCGUCACGUCAGGGAGUGUCCAGAGUUCGGCAUCAAGGGCACUUGCACGCGCGCCAACUGCAAAUUACCUCACAUCCUGAGGCGCAAAGGUCCCUCCACCAGCGAGUCCAUAGUAACUCCUAGCACAACCGCAUCUUCGGCACCUCAAGCCGAGCUCAUCAUAGAUCAGAGCGCAUCGGAAGCCAGCGAAGACGAGAUAGAGAGCGAAGUAGAUGAAGACAUGUCAGACGCGAGCGGGGAAGAUCUUGAGGAAAUGACGUCAAAUGAGCAUUUUUCCGAUCCGCUGGCAGGCAAUGAGGAUACCAUCCUGUUUGACGAUUUUGACUUCGAAAGCACGAGCUGA